UUAUUUGUCUAUACUCUAUAUAAUGGUUGCAAUCAGAGUCCACAGAAUAGAUUUUUUAACAAUCAAUAAUGUUACUUGUUAUCGGUUGAUAACACCACUCAGUACACAUAGAUAACUAUUUGUUUAUUAUUAUUGUUUUCAAAAUUUAAAAUGUGUUCGGGGAGCCCAAAGAUGGUGGCCAACGAAGAAACGUUUGAUGAAGCUAGUUUGGCCGAGUCUAAUCACAAGGAACAAUAUAAAGAAAUGAAAAGAAAAUUGAGACUUUUGGUCUAUGAAAACGAAAUCUUUCAACAAACCUUGAAAAACACCCAACGAAAACUACUAAAAGCAUCACGAGACAAAAAUGCUCUAUUAGAUAGGCUAAUACAGUAUGAAAUGGUAGAUCUCAGCAGUAGUGAUGAUGAACUAACUGAGUCAUCAGACGAAGGCGAUUCUAUCAAGCCAGAACCUAAGAAGCGAAAAGAAGCACCGGCAAACAACUCUUCAAGUGGAAUAAGUAAACAGUCUAUUAGUCCCCAAAGAACUACUCCAACUCCAGCAAAAAAACGAAAACCUUCUACUCCAAAAGUUUCAAAGUUGGCACCAAUGACACUUCAAUCAAAUGAAUCUCAUUCUAACAAUGUAUUGUCUGCUACUGAAAGUAGCAAAACAUUGACCGAGUCAAAACCAGGAAAUAAUUUCAGUCAACACAGUUUAUCAACGGACAUGUUUAACGAUACUUUUUCGGGUAAAAGUGAAUCAAACAGCAUAUAUGACAUGGAAACAUCUCCUAACAACAUUGCUGAGGAUAUGAUCAAUGUGGACAGUAUAGGAAAAUAAAUUACCCAACAAUUUCAUUUUUUUGUGAACUUAUAUUUUAAUGUUAAAUAUUGUACAUUAGAGUUGUAACAACAUAUAGGUUGUAUAAAAUAAAUGUAAAGCAUUUGAAAAA